CAGCUUCACUGAACAAAAUAUACCAUUCACAUUUGUGUAUGCUGUAUAUCAGUCUUAACUGAUGUACAAUGUAUGUAUUUAUGUAUAGGUAUGUAAAUUAUUUGUGAAUCAAUUAUUUUUCUCAUUGACCUGAAUAUGGAUUACAGCAUGGACUAGUAAUGUGACAGUAUGUUUUCCCAUCAUGGAUUUAAAAAACCGAAAACUACAGAAGUAUGUGUCACUGAGUAUUGGGAUUCUGGCAUAUUUCAUGUUAGGAAUUGUGUUUACUUUUAAUGCAUAUGCAAUUGCCCUGAAACAUGCAUUCAACUAUACUCAAACUGAACUGGAAUAUAUUGCAUCUAGUGGCGAUUUGGGAUUUUGUUUCUCCUUUCCAGCAGGAAUUGUCUUUGACCUUUUUGGUCCAAGAGUAUCAUGUAUAAUCUCACUUGUUCUCACAGCCUUAGGAUUUGGACUCAUGUCGACAGCAACAAACUUUAGGAUAUUCUUCACUUCAAAAAGUUGGCUUUUUUGUGCUUUUUAUUUUAUGGCAUCAGUUGGAACUCAAUUUAUAUAUACAGCAUCAGGAGUGGUGAAUUGCAAGAACUUUGACAGAAAGCAUACUGGCAAGAUACUUGGCCUCCUCCAAGCUGUAUUUGGAAUAAGCCCUGCAAUAUUUAGCGCCCUCUAUGGAGGAUUGUUUGUUCAAGGACACAUUGAAGAUGCAGAGAACCAAAAGCUUGCAGAGUUCUUGCUUAUGCUAGCUGUAUUAUCAGUUUGUAUAAAUACAUUUGGUGUUGUAAUGCUAGAGACACUUCCUGAAGUAACAGCUGCAUAUGAUAUUGGCCAACUAGAAUUGAUUGAUACAAAUGAAAAUAAAAUAGCAGAAAGAAAUACACUCCAGAAUGUUACGCUUUACAAUAGAAGUGAUGAAAUGAAUGAAACAACUCCAAUUGCUGGAAAAAAGAUAUCAAAUCAACCAAUAGUUGAAGAAAUGAAGUGGUGGCAAAUCAGUAAAACACCUCAGUUUUAUAGCAUACUAUUUAUCUGCAUAAUCACUGGGGGCACUGGUGGAACUCUUACAAAUAAUAUUACAACUCUUGUGAAAUCUGCACAGGUUCACAUCAAUGCAAUAGCCUUCACAGUGACAAUUCCAAUCCUUGCAUCAAUUGGUCGAUUAAUUGGCGGAGCGGUACAAGAUUACAUUUCGCAAAAAUGGCCAGACAUUCCCAAAUCAUCAACUCUUUUAUUCCCUGUAACACUCACAUGUAUAAGUCAAAUAGUCUUGGUAUUUUUUAACCAAUGCUUUGCUGGUUUGAUGAGUGCCUCUGCAAUGGCAGUCAUGGCCUUUGCCUUCUUUUAUGUACAAGUAUAUACUAUCACUGUUGACCUAUUUGGUAUGAAAUAUUUUGCACAAAAUACUGGUUUAAUGACGGUUGGCCAUGCAGUUGGAAUGGUUUUAUUUCAAAAGCUUUUUGCUUUGAAUUAUGAAACCUAUAGUCCACCUGGAUCACAAACUUGUUAUGGAGAAUUAUGUACGCAGUGGUUUUUUGUUCUGACAUCUAUUUUAUGUUUUUUUGCAAUUGUUUUGAACUUUUGUCUUAUGAAAAUUGAAAGGGAUAAACGAUUGCAAUAUGAAGAAGAAUCACAAGACUCUUAGUACAUUCACCAGUACAUUAAAGAAAUGGAACGGAUAUUGUAAAUUGUAAUACAGCAGAACCUGGUGGAAAACUCCAUAAGUAUACAUAUCCCAAGAUCCAGAUACACAUAGUUUUAAUGUGAAUGAACUUCUGUAGGUUGAACACCUCCAAAAGGCCUGGGUCAUAUUUACUCCAAUUUUCAAUCUGGCGCCUGGUUGAUUCAGUUAUUUGUUCAAAACUGAGUGCAAUUCCGACUUCAAUUAAAAUGAACAUCUCCCAAGUAGAACAAUAUUUUGAGGUUCUAAAAGUGUUACUUCAAUGUCAUAUAUUUAAUUGUUUUUUACUAUUAUACAUAGCACCUAUAUGUAAGAUUACGAAUAAUGUUAAAGCAUAUUUUAUGUAAAAAGUGUACUGCACUGUAGAUAUUAAGACUCCUGCAUAUGAGUAUUAUUGAAAAUAUCAAUUGGAACCAUGCAAUCAAAUUAAAAAAUUGCAAAUUGCAUCAAUCAAGGGUAUCUCUAUAUUCAUACCACAUGUUAUAACCAAUAUAAUACCAUCACUAGCCAUCAUUUUCUCAGUUUCUAUUGGAAAAAAUGCCUGAAUUAAUAUUUUUUGUAAAAUAUGAUCUCUAGAAUUUAGAUUAUAUCAAUCAGAAAAUGUCCAUCCUACAAUGAAACCUGUCUUUAACUGUCCUGUACAACAUACAAUCCACUAAGAAAUCAAGAUACAUAUUUUAAUGUGACAAGUCUCUGGUACUAAGAUUCUUCCACAGAAGGCAAUUCAUUCAAAGUAUUUUCUCUAUUUAUAAAACUCUUGUAAUUAUCUUGUAUAAAUCAGUAAUGAAUCUCACCCCCUCCCCCCAAUAAGCUAUACAAGAGUAUAGGGGGAAGGCCUCUAAGAGAAAUUGCAACAAUACUUAUAUUACAUAGACAUUAUUUAUUGUAUUCACUAAUUUCUUCUUAUUAACUUAUUAAUUAAAAAUAUACAAAUUUAAUUCAAAAAUUUAAUUUAAGUGCAUGAUUGUAUCCAUGUCUAAUGAGUGAAGGAUGAUUGUUUGUUACAUGUAUAUUUUACUUUCAGUCCAAAUCCAUUCCAUACAAUACAAGUGGUCUAUGUGACACAACACUGCAGCGCCACCUAUGUUCUAUC